AAGCUUUUGUCCGUCUGUAUGUCCCGCAUACUCUCUCUCUCUCUCUCUCUCUCUCUCUCUCACCCAGCUAUAGCUCGCUACAUCUCUUUUCGACAUACAUGCCCUCAUUUUCUUGUACGAGAAAAAAGCUCAAUCGUUGUGGCACGCACACGCACACGCACACAUAAACAGAGCUUAACCUGCGCACAAGGGGGGGUGUAGGAUAAAUGGAGGCGCCCUCCUUUGUAUCAAAAGCGAGGACCGCCUUUCAUUCCGCUGCUGCAAAAGCGGAGCGAGUUUUCUCUGACUUGAAGCAGCCCGAUCGAGAUUUUGAUAAUAAGACAUCGCCGAAGGAUUUGAUUAGACGAGCUGACGAUGAAUCUCCAGCGAACGAAGAGGAGUCAAAGGGUGUCCGUGAAUCCAAGACUUUGAGGUGGAGACCACCACAGAUAACGACCAAGCAAGAUUGGCAGGAUAAAUUAAGAAACAUUGGGUUAGGGAGAAAAUCAGUUGAAGAUACUGAGAAAGCUGAAAAUUCAAAUAUGUCGGUUCCCUUCUAUGAUGAAAAUCUUUACCUCCUGAACAUGAAAAAUGAUCUUGAAGCAAAGGCUGCAGAGGCUAUUCCCACAGUAGAAAGUUUAGCUGCUGCAAGCACUGGGGACAUGCCUCCACUAGCUGUUAUAAAACAGUUGGCUAUAGCUGUCGAGGCUGGAAAGAAGUCCAAGUCAAUGAAAGAUUUUUUGACAUCACCAAGAGGUUCUUCACCUAUUAGAGAGAGAGCCAGUCUCAGUCUCUUUGCUAUGAAGUCAUUAGUGCUUGGCGAUAAGGAGGAUAAGCUUGCAUCUGAGUUCAGUAAAGAUGAGAAGGUCUUGUCUUUGAUUCGUGCACUCUUUGAUGCAGACGGAAAUUUUCUCAGACGUAAGAUCAGCUGUGGCUCAGAAGCAAUGACGGUGGCUUCUUUUCCAAGAGAAAUUCAUGGUGCCCCUCCUGAAACCCUUGUUGUUAAGCUAGCUGAAGUUAUUGGGAACUUCAAAACCCUGCGGAAAAUGGCACUUUUUUGGUGCCAGAUUGUUGCUGAAUUAAGAAGACUUUGGUCUGAGGAACAGUAUGUACCUAGCAUCCCUAAGGAUGAGGUUCCAGAUCUAAAUUCCUGUCUUCUGUAUCAGCAGCUGCAAGUUAUCAACUGUUGUCUUUCCCGGAAAAUGCGCCGAGAUAUUGCCACUCAGUCAGUAGAGUUUAUGAUUAAUGAAGGCAGUUCAAAUAAUGAAGAAUUAACAGCUUCCAAAGAUACAGUUCCCACAAGUCCUUUAUUGUAUGCUAGAACGAGCAAUGGGGAACUUGUUCUCAGACUAGGUGCCAAUCGACCAUCUGGUGACCUAACAAUGUUGGAAACUGGAGAGCCUGUGUACUUCCCUAUAACCCAGGAAGGACCUUUGCUUACUGAAGAUCUUAUCAAAGAAAAUGAGGAGUUUGUUCUUCGAACUGGGAGUGUUGGUGCUGGGUGUUCUCAACUCCUUUCUGACAUGCAAGCUUUUAAGGCUGCAAAUCCUGGUUGUAUCCUUGAAGAUUUUGUACGAUGGCACUCUCCUCCUGAUUGGACGGAAGCUGAGGCAACUGAUGAAGCUAAAGCCACUUAUGAUGGUGACCUAUUGUCUGCAAGAGGCCAUCUAAGUAGUCGUAUGCAGAAAGAAGGUAAUUUGUGGCGUGAGCUUUGGGAGACAUCCAAACCGGUUCCAGCUGUUAAACAAGCACCUCUCUUCGAUGAGGAUUUGGCAGUGGAAGGUAUCAUGGAUAAGUUAGAGGAAAUACCAGCUUCCGAGCUUUUUUUGCAAUUGUUUGUAUCUUUACUUGGCUUAGGAUUUGUGAUGGCUGAGGCUAUACUAUCCUCUAAAGGUGACGUGUCAAAGCUAUUCUAUGAAUGUAAAGACUUUGUGAUUGCCACUUGUCAAAGCAGCACCUUGAUCGAGAAGGUUGAUGAUCUUUGCCAGGUAUAUGAAACAGUGGAGAUGAUGUUACACAAUUCAGAGGAGGUCCUUAAGACAAUGAAGCAACCAGAAGAUACCACAACUGCUGCAGGUGAAAUAAAACGCCGGUUUAAGCGGCUCAACCUCAACUUUGGUGGCAAAGAUAGGAACUCAAGAAAACCAGCUGCAAAAGAACAAAAGAAUGCGGAAGAGAAACCCAGUAGCCAACCCUUUUCGAGUUUCUUUGAUGGCAAGUCAUCCUUAUUUUCAAAAAAGCCUCCCAAGCCCGAAAGUAUAACCCCUGCUAGAAAAUCUUCCCCUCCUCCAGAUGACAAUGAUUGGACAGUGGUUUAGAUAUACCCCUUUUGUUUUAGGUUAAGAAGCACCAUUUAUUUUUUUUUAUGGAAAUUGUAAAUUAUAUUGGAAAGGAAAAAAAAAAAAAAAAAAAAAAAGGGCAAAAACCAAUGCGGUUCUCAUUUGCUACAUUUGAGGGAACGUUUUGUUUGAUUACAAAGAAGGAAUUAAACAGCAUUUUCCCUCUCCUCCAUGGGCAA